AUGGCUGAUAGCGGUAAUAGUGAGUUACUGGCUCUGUUGGCUGAGAUGAAGAAAUCUAUGGAUGAGAUGAAGCAAGGACAAGAUGAGAUGAAAGCCGGAUUGGAGAAAGAGAUGCGUUCCGGUCAAGAAAGAAUGGAGGAGAUGAAAGUCGGAUUGGAGAAAGAGAUGCGUUCCGGUCAAGAAAGGAUGGACGAGAUGAAAGCCCGAUUGGAGAAAGAGAUCCGUUCCGGUCAAGAAAGAAUGGAGGAGAUGAAAGUCGGAUUGGAGAAAGAGAUGCGUUCCGGUCAAGAAAGGAUGGACGAGAUGAAAGCCCGAUUGGAGAAAGAGAUCCGUUCCGGUCAAGAAAGAAUGGAGGAGAUGAAAGUCGGAUUGGAGGAAGAGAUGCGUUCCGGUCAAGAAAGGAUGGAGGAGAUGAAAGCCGGAUUGGAGAAAGAGAUCCGUUCCGGUCAAGAAAGAAUGGAGGAAAUGAAAGUCGGAUUGGAGGAAGAGAUGCGUUCCGGUCAAGAAAGGAUGGAGGAGAUGAAAGCCGGAUUGGAGAAAGAGAUCCGUUCCGGUCAAGAAAGAAUGGAGGAGAUGAAAGUCGGAUUGGAGAAAGAGAUCCGUUCCGGUCAAGAAAGAAAGGAGCAGGAGCUUAAGAAGGACAUCGCAAGUGUUAAAGAGGAAUUCUCCAAUAUCAUUCAGGAGAAGAUGAAUUCAAUUGAAGAUAAGGUGGCUUCAUUUGAGAACGAGGUUGUUUCAGUGGAAACUAAAGUUUUUGAAAUGGAAGAAAGUAUUGACAAGGUUCGAGAAAACAUUGGAAUUAACAUUUUGAAGAUGGAAGAAAGCAUUGACAAGGUUCGAGAAGACAUCGAAAAAGAAUUUGACAGAAAUUCGGAAAGGAGGUUUGAAAGCCUGAAGAAGCAGAUUUCCCAUUAA